AUGUCGCAAGCUGCAUCCUUGUCUCGAGAUGCGACUGACUCCCCAUCUCCUGCGCCUAGCGCAGGCCCGGUCAAUAGGCAUGCACCUACACCUCUUGAGCGUCAACGAAUGCAACUCGAUAAACUCUUUAAGGAACCGUCCAAACCUGCCUACAUCCCCCCACCACCCAAAGAGAAGACAAUAAGGCCCCCGCGUGAAAUGAUCAAGAAUGUGCAGGGGUCGAGCGCUGGCGCAGGAAGUGGCGAAUUUCAUGUUUAUAAGCAGAAUCGACGGCGGGAAUACGAGCGGAUAAAACUCAUGGAAGAGAAGACCCAAAAGGAAAUGGAAGCGGCCGAAUUCGAGAUUCGCAAGCGCGAACGGGACGAAGCCGUUGAAGCAAAGACCGCAAAGAACCGUGCGAAACGGCAGAAGAAGAAAGCUGCUCGUACGGCCGCGAAGAAAGAGGGUCAAGGAAGCCCUGACGAAGGACCCGCUGGGCAGGGAACCAAGGGGACUGUUCUAAAUGAGAAUGGUGCAGAGCCUGUCUUCAAGAAACGAAGGCUAAUAGGGGGUGAUGGACAGGCAAUAACAUUCCGUGUACCUGGACAGGAAGAUCAUGAUGGCGGAGAUGACAACGAGGGACUCGAGCCGAGCGAUGGGGAGGGCCCGAAUUACCAUGGAUCAGUGCCUUCUCCAUCCAGUGCAAAAGUAAUAGAAACGGGCACGAUAACAAUAGUGGACGAAGACUAAUGUUUGACGGUUCCGCGGGAAGCACUGAAUAAGAUGAUUUAUUAUUGUACUACAAGGGGACGUUCGCAAUAUAAGAUUCAGGAGACAUGAUGCACCGUAGCAUUUAUUACGGUGGGCCGUGUCUGUCCAACACGCC